GGGAUAUGAAUCAGCUCUGACUGCGUCACUGAAUGUAAACUUGACCUUCACCUCCCACCUGAAGCUAGUCGUGUGUGUUGGCCGCCGUCGUCAUUGUAGUGUCCAGUCCACUCCAGCAAAAUGAUGAAGAUAUUUGGGGAGACGGUGGAACCAUACAAGAACCAGCACUAUGCAGCUCUCAAGAAGGACUGUCAGGCCAAAGGUCACUUGUUCUAUGACAUGGAGUUUCCUCCAGAGGACAGGUCUCUGUUUUACACGCCUGGGAAACUGUCAGGGGUACAGUGGAAGAGACCAAAGGACAUUUGCAGCACUCCCAAGUUAUUUGUGGGUGGGGCUAGUUCUGGAGAUGUCCAUCAAGGUCGCCUUGGUAACUGCUGGUUUGUGGCAGCAUGUUCCUGUUUGGCUCAGUACAAGGAGAUCUGGCACCGAGUAAUCCCAGAUCAUGAGGAGCAAGAAUUCAACGAUGAAAAGCCAGAGACGUACGCAGGGAUUUUCCACUUUCAGUUCUGGCGGUAUGGCCAGUGGGUGGACGUUGUUGUGGAUGACCAUCUCCCCACCAUCAAUGACCAGCUGGUCUUCAUUCACUCCCAGUCCAACAAUGAGUUCUGGAGCGCUCUGCUGGAAAAAGCUUAUGCCAAGUUAUUCGGCACCUAUGAGGCUCUGGACGGCGGCGACUUGGCUGAAGCUUUGGAGGACUUUACAGGUGGUGUCUCUGAUCCAAUCGACAUGGUGGCAUUGAAUGUGGCGACUGACCUGGAUGCCAGACACACUUACUUCAAGCGCAUGCAGAAGGACAUGGAGAGGAAGUCCCUUAUGGCUGCUGCCAUCCCAGCAAAAUCCAGCGAGGAGAUGGAGACCUCGACCGACGUGGGUUUGGUGCGGGGUCACGCCUACGGGGUCACAGAUGUGAAGAGCGUGCCCCUGGAGGGCACUGGCAUCUUUGGCAUGUUUAACCGAGACACCAUGCCCAUGAUCCGGCUAAGGAACCCAUGGGGACAGGGAGAGUGGAAGGGGGCAUUCAGUGACGGGUCUCCAGAGUGGCAAAAAAUCAGCGAGUCAGAUCGUCGUAAAAUAGGGCUGACUUUUGAUGAAGAUGGAGAAUUCUGGAUGACCUUUGAAGACUAUUGUAAGAAUUUUACGAAUACAUCUAUCUGCCGAGUGGUGAACACGUCACUCUUCAGCAUCAAGAAGACGUGGCAUGAGGGGCUGGCUCAUGCUGCCUGGAGCAAACCUAACCUAGCAGGUGGAUGUCUGAACAACAGGGAUACCUUCCUGAAUAAUCCACAGUUCGUCUUUGAUGUCGGUCAGGCUGAUGAUGACGUUAUGUUCCAACUGAUGCAAAAGAGUACAAGAGGCAGGUCGGGUGGAGAAAACGUCACCAUUGGCUUUAGUCUGCUCAAGGUCGAGGAAAACCGACGAUAUCGUUUACACCAGCUCCAGGAGGUUGUCCAGUCCUCUGUGUUCAAGAACAGUCGCUCCAUCUUCAUGCGACCCACUUUGGUCAAAGGCAGAUAUGUUAUCGUGGCGUGUACGUUUGAGGCGGGGGUAGAGCUAGAAUUUCUACUUAGAAUCUAUACCAGUGCACCUAACGGAUUCAAACACAUGUUACUGGACCAGCCUAAGGCACCAUGGUACAACUGCUGCGCCAAACAGGCCCAGAUGGUGACCAGGAUUAAGGUGAUCCGUGCUCAGGGGCUGGAGAGACAGGACAAGCAGGGGGGAGCGGACCCCUACUGUGUCAUCUCGUGUGAGGGGGAGAAAGUGUACACCAAUGUUGUCAAGGAUAAUGUCAACCCGGAGUGGAACUCGUCUGCCAUCUUCUACAGGACAGACCCCGUGCAGAAACCCAUCAAGAUACAGGUUUGGAACCACAACAUCAUCAAAGAUGAGUACAUGGGAAAACAUGUGUUGAUGGGCUCUGACGAGUGCUCAGCUAAAAUGGUAGAGGUCGACUUGUUUGGGAGGAAAAACGAAAGUAAUGUGAAGAAGCCAGGAAAACUCAUACUGGAGAUAACGAGCUCUCGAAACCUCACUUUGCUUUAAAUCCACAUGCACGGCACAUCAGUCUGUUAAUUUCAACGAAGUGGAGAGCAAAAUGGGAGAUCUGUAAGGGGAGAUAACC